UGUCCCGAAGGAAGCUAUUUUCGGGAUGAGCAAUGUAUUCCCUGUCCUGUUGGAUUCUACCAAGAACGGGCAGGUAGCUUGGUCUGUGUGCCAUGUCCUGUGGGCAGAACGACCAUUUCUGAUGGAGCUUUCAGCCAGACUCACUGCGUCACUGACUGUCAGAGGAAUGAGAUGGGCCUGCAGUGUGACCAGGACGGCCAGUACCGAGCCAGCCAGAGGGACGGGGGCAGUGGGAAGGCCUUCUGUGUGGACGGCGAGGGGCGGAGGCUGCUGUGGUCGGAAACCGAGGCCCCCCUCAUGGACACCCAGUGUCUGGUGAUGCAGAAAUUUGAGAAGGUUCCGGAAUCUAAAGUGCUCUUCAAUGCUGACAUUGCUGUGGUGGUCAGGUCCAAAGUUCCUGGUUCUGAAUCCCCACUGAUGCAGUGCUUGGCAGACUGUGCGUUGGACGAGGCCUGCAGCUUCCUCGCAGUGUCCACGGUGGGAUCAGAAGUCUCGUGUGAUUUCUAUGCUUGGACAAGUGACAACAUCGCCUGCAUGACUUCUGGUCAGGUGCACGAGUCGACCCUCAAAGGCCAAGAAUUCACCACAACUAGUCAGAAGAGCUUCCAAAAAACUGGUUUCCAAAACACGCUCUCCGGAAUGUACAGGCCUGUCGUGUUCUCAGCCUCAGGAGCCAAUCUGACAGAGGUCCAUCUCUUCUGUCUUCUUGAAUGUGACCGUGAUUCGUGCUGCGAUGGCUUCAUCCUUGCACAGGUCCAAGGAGGUCCCAUCAUCUGUGGGUUGCUGAGCUCCCCCGAUGUCCUGCUUUGCAAUGUUGGAGACUGGAGGGACCGCUCUGACGCCCAGACUAACACUACGUGUCCUGGUGUGACAUAUGACCAGGGGAGCCGCCGGGUGACACUGCGUCUGGGAGGCCAGGAGUUCAAGAGUCUGACACCCCCGGAAGGAGCUCAGGACACCUUUAUCAGUUUCCAGCAGGUGUAUCUCUGGAAAGAUUCUGACAUGGGGUCUCGGUCUGAGUCUAUGGGAUGUAGAAGAGACAUGGAACCAAGGCCAACCUCUCCAACAGAAACAGAUUUGACAACAGACCUUUUCUCUCCUGUGGACCUUAACCAGGUCAUUGUCAACGGAAACCAGUCCCUGCCCAGCCAGCAGCACUGGCUUUUCAAACACCUAUUUUCACCUCAGCAGGCAAACCUAUGGUGCCUUUCUCGCUGUGUCCAGGAGCCCUCUUUCUGUCGGCUGGCAGAGAUAACAGACAGUGCACCCUUGUACUUCACCUGCAUCCUCUACUCCGAGGCCCAGGUGUGUGAUGAUGUCCUGGAGUCCACUCCCAAGGGCUGCAGACUCAUCCUGCCCCACAGUCCGGGGGCCCUGUUCCGGAAGAAAGUUGUACUGAAAGAUAGAGUGAAGAACUUCUACACUCGCCUGCCAUUCCAAAAACUGACGGGGAUUUCCAUUAGAAGCAAAGUGCCCAUGUCUGACAAAUCCAUGUCUAAUGGGUUCUUCGAAUGUGAACGGCUGUGUGACCUGGACCCGUGCUGCACUGGCUUUGGCUUUCUGAAUGUUUCCCAGUUAAAAGGAGGAGAAGUGACAUGCUUAACUCUGAACAGCUUGGGACUUCAGACAUGCAGUGAGGAAAAUGGAGGAACCUGGCGUAUUUUGGACUGUGGCUCUCCUGACACUGAGGUCCGCACCUAUCCAUUUGGAUGGUACCAGAAACCUGUUGCUCAAAAUGAUGCUCCCAGUUUUUGCCCUUUGGUGGUUCUGCCCUCCCUCACAGAGAAAGUCGCUCUGGAUGCGUGGCAGUCCCUGGCCCUCUCUUCAGUAGUUGUCGAUCCGUCCAUCAGGAACUUCGAUGUUGCCCACAUCAGCACUACUGCUACCAGGAACUUCUCUGCUGCCCGAGACCUCUGCUUGUUGGAGUGUUCCCGUCACCAGGCCUGCCUUGUCACCACUCUGCAGACCCGACCUGGUGCUGUGAGGUGUGUGUUCUAUGCUGAUACCCAGAGCUGCACACACAGCCUGCAGUCCCAGAACUGCCAACUUCUGCUCCGUGAAGAGGCCACCUACAUCUACCGGAAGCCCAACCUCCCUCUGCCUGGCUUUGGGACAUCUGCACCUUCUGUGACCAUCGCCACCCACGGCCAGCUGCUGGGCAGGUCCCUGGCCAUCCAGGUGGGCACCUCGUGGAAGCAAGUGGACCAGUUCCUGGGAGUUCCCUAUGCGUCCCCGCCCUUGGCAGAGAGCCGCUUCCGAGCACCAGAGCCCUCGAACUGGAUGGGGUCCUGGGAUGCCAGCAAGCCACGGGCCAGCUGCUGGCAGCCGGGCACCAGAACGCCCACGUCUCCCGGAGUCAAUGAAGACUGCUUGUACCUCAACGUGUUUGUCCCUCAGAACGUGGCCCCUAAUGCAUCCGUGCUGGUGUUCUUCCACAACACCGUGGAGGGCAGGGGGAGUGAAGGACGGCUGGCCAUCGACGGCUCCUUCCUGGCUGCUGUUGGCAACCUCAUUGUGGUCACUGCCGGCUACCGAGUGGGCAUCUUCGGCUUCCUGAGUUCCGGGUCCAGUGAGGUGAGUGGCAACUGGGGGCUGCUGGACCAGGUGACAGCUCUGACCUGGGUGCACACCCACAUCCGAGUGUUUGGCGGGGACCCUCGGCGUGUGGCCCUGGCAGCAGACCGCAGCGGAGCUGACGUGGCCAGCAUCCACCUUCUGACGACCAGGAGUGCCAACUCCAGACUCUUCCGGAGAGCCGUGCUGAUGGGCGGCUCCGCGCUCUCCCCCGCCGCUGUCAUCAGACAGGAGAGGGCUCAGCAGCAGGCAGCUGCUUUGGCAGAGGAGGUCGGCUGCUCCACCUCGUCCAUCCAAGAAAUGGUAUCCUGCCUCCGCCAGAAGCCUGCCAACGUCCUCAAUGAUGCCCAGACCAAGCUCCUGGCCGUGAGUGGCCCUUUCCAGUACUGGGGUCCUGUGGUUGACGGGCAGUACCUCCGAGAGGCUCUAGCCAGGGCACUGCAGAGGUUUCCACGGGCGAAGAUCGAUCUGCUUAUCGGGAGUUCUCAGGAUGACGGGCUCAUCAACAGAGCAAAGGCCGUGAAGCAAUUUGAGGAAAGUCAAGGUCGGACCAGUAGCAAAACAGCCUUUUACCAGGCGCUGCAGAACUCGCUGGGCGGCGAGGAGGCAGAUGCAGGCGUCCUGGCUGCUGCCACGUGGUACUACUCCCUGGAGCACUCCGCAGACGACUACGCCUCCUUCUCCCGCGCCCUGGAGAACGCCACCCGGGACUACUUCAUCACCUGCCCCGUGAUCGACAUGGCCAGCCACUGGGCGAGGAGGGCCUGGGGAAACGUCUUCAUGUACCAUGCUCCCAAAAGCUAUGGCCACAGCAGCCUGGAAUUGCUGGCAGACGUUCAGUAUGCCUUUGGGCUUCCCUUCCACCCUGCCUACGAGGGACAGUUUACCCUGGAAGAGAAAAGCUUGUCACUGAAGAUCAUGCAGUACUUUUCCAACUUUAUCCGGUCUGGAAAUCCCAACUACUCUCAUGAGUUCUCGAGGAAAGCACCCGAAUUUGCAGCCCCCUGGCCUGACUUUGUCCCCCGUGCUGGUGGAGAGAACUACAAGGAGUUCAGUGCCCUGCUCCCCAACCAGCAGGGCCUGAAAAAGACUGACUGUUCCUUCUGGUCCAAGUACAUUCGGUCUCUGAAGAUGUCGGCAGAUGAAGCCAAGGACGAGCUGUCAGCAGGGAGUGAAGAAGAGGGCCAGCUGGCUGACUCUGGGCUGGGGGAAGACCUCCUGGGUCUCGCGGAGCCAGCCUCCAAGAGCUACAGCAAGUGACCUGCUCCUGAGACCCGCCCCCCAACCUGUCAACCCCACCCCAACUGCUGCCCUGGACAUCUUAUUCUCUAAAAUAGCCACUAACGUUCAAUAAAGCGUCUACAUGCAAUGAA